AUGCUGCGCUUGCUUGCGCAACGCAGGGCGGUCCUUGCCACCGCCGCUGCCGCGGUCGCGGUGACCCAGACUUCGAAGGACAAGCUUCCUAUCUAUCCUGAACCGACCCGAGAUGUUCUGCUCAUUGAGACACCUUCCGAGCUCGAGAAGCAGAUCGGAAAGGCACGGAGAGCGGUGACCGACACCUACCUCGACGCCCGCGCGCAAGUGCAGGGCGUCGUCUCGCGGUGGAUCAGCGUAGAGGAGUCUGUCGAAAAACGCAUCAAGUCCCUCGUCGCCCCCGACGAGCCUCUAACACCCGGGAUCCUCUACGUCGGCGUCGCGACCCUCACCGGCUCCGUGCUCGCGCGGAACCGUGCCCUCCCCGUGCGGCUCGCCCUCCCGCCCACGCUGCUCCUCCUUUCCCUCAACCACUUCCUCCCCAAGACGAGCCACAACGUCUCCGCGUACCUCGGCGCGCUCGAGGACGCCUACUUCCCGGGUGUCGCGGAGAAGCACGAGAUCGCGAAGGCGCACAGCGCGAUGACGUGGGCGCGCCUGCAGGACGCGAGCGCGGCGGGCCGCGAGCGGGCGGGGGCAGGCGUGCUCCGUGCGGUCGUGCGCCUCGAGGAGGCGACGGGGCUGAAGCUGCAGGAGACACUUGGGUGGAGCAAGGGCGUUGCACACGCGGUGGAGGGCCAGGCGCGCGGAGCGGCGGUGGCGGCCCAGCAGAAGGUGGGGGAGGCGGCUGCGGUGGUGGCGCAUAAGGUGGAAGAGGUCAAGGGCGCGACGGAGCAGAACGUGCACGAGGCGGUUGCACAGGCGGAGAGCAAGGCUGACGAGCCUCCGAGGAGACUAGUAUGA